AUGCAAAGGUUCGAGAUGGAAUCUCUUUUGCAAACCAUAUUGCAGAAAGCUGCCAUUGAUACGAAUCCGGAGACUCUGGCGGCUGCCCUGCGUCUCGCCGAGGAAAUUCGUGCUGCUCGGGACGCCGAAAUACGAGCUCUGGAGCUGCGAUUGCAGAAUAAUGAGGCACAAUCGCAGGCGCUAGCUUUGGACGUCAGAUCAAAAGAGUUGGACUUGGAGUUGUCGCGAACCCGCAACUCUUCAGGGGUGUCGACGGUGCCAGGUGAUAAUCAAAGCGCUGGACUCGAUAAAUCCCUUCGCCAACCUCGCGCACAUGAGUGGAAUUUCAAUUCGCCGAGCAGACUAAACCGCGAGGAUGAGAAAUACCCUGAUGUCAUAAGUACUACAGGAAUCUCGUACUCUGCCGUUUGCUCACAACCGUUUCUUGAGCCUGCGACGCCCCCUACGAGCCAGACAUCAUCUGAUAUAUGGUCAGCUACAUCCCGGGCUACCUUCUCUGCUCCGUCAAACAACGCCACGAACUUGAUGACUGCAGUCACACAGAGUGCCACCGGAGAAGUGCCAGUUCAAGGGCAUUUCCACAUUAACUCUCCUGUGACUGUCGGCAACAGUGACGCUUUGUCUGGCGUUUCUACGAAGGCGAUCAGUUUGGUUUCUCCGGUGGAAGGAGCCGGUCAGCCCACUGUGAUGGAUCCUACCACAUCCUAUGGACUCGCGGCUCCGUACAAUUACGGAAAUCAGACAUUUUCGGCUGCAGAUCCUUAUUCAAACACUUAUACAGCGCGUUAUAACCGGAAUCACUGGAAUGAUAGCCUUCAUGCGCUGUUUACAUUUGGUCUAGAAGACUUCGGACAUACUGCCAUGCCACGCACAAAUGAAUAUUACCUAGCAAUGGAGAAUUUACCAACAAGAACAGCAGUAACGGCCGAUCCCGCGCUGCGCGCUUCUCCUCUAGCGGGAACAACACUACCCGUGUCAUACCAGUUAGCACGCGAAAGGGAUUCUCCCGCUCGGGACCGAGCAUCACUUGAACAGUAUCGCCCCCCUGACACAUCGGAAUCUCCUGAGCUUCCGCCCAAGUUGGUACACCCAUCGCCCCCAACAUCGCAAUCGUCACGCAUCCACUCUGCCUCGUCCACCAAUCAACGGAAAAAGAAGCAGAUAGUUGAGGAAGAGGCUCGAUGUCGUCGUUGUGGAAAACUAGUGGCAAUUUAUCUGCUACAUGGUAAUGAUGUGUCCCUAAAUACCACAUAUCGAAUUGACGUUCUGUGUUGCGACUGUGGAGGAUGUGAUAAUGGCACAGGCCAAAGAUCCAGUUCAGCUCACACAUCCGCACUUGUUCCUGGUUCACGCAAGCGAACGAGUGCCUCCAAAGAGGACGAAAGGGCGGCGUGUGAGGUGUGUAAGCGCCAGGUGGCGAUAGGUGGUGUGAGGCUGGUAGGUAAGGAGCAUGAAAAGGACCCAAACAGCGAUCCGGACUUCGGAGUUGAAAUCAUUUGCAGUAACUGCCGAAACAAGUAUGCUCUUUGUACCGAGUGUGGAGGAGGCGGCAAAUAUCGAACUGGAAAAUGGAGACCGCUAGGCCUUUUCCAGCCAGGGCGGAGGACGUGCAGGCUACCUCAUGUUCGCAUAGGAUCAACACCAAUCCAUUUUCAAGAGUGGCUCGUACCGUCGUCAUUAUCAGCAAAUCCGGAAGACAGAAGUCUUGUGUUAAGGGACAUUGACAAGUGUGUUCCUUGCAUGUAUUUCCAUCGACUGGCGAUACCCGAGGUGAUGGAACUUGAUCCUCCUAACGAGUUGGGAACUUUCGAGCAGCUACAAUAUCGCGUAGCCUUAAGAUGCCAAAGCCUACGGGACUUUGUUUUGGGUCCUGAUAUGGAACAGUCUCAUGGGCUGCGAAGGUACUUCGGAGCGGCAUGGAUAAAGCGGGUGUCACGACAUUUGAGAAAAGAGCGGGGCACCAAAGGAGCAACUUCAAGACGUCAAGAACCCAGUGAGGGCGAUUUCGCUGGUAGCGCAAGCGGGAGGACAGCUGGUAGGGCGCCUGAUAGGGAAGAAAAUGGGCACCCAACGAAGAUGGUAGCAAUGCUGAUUAUGUGGUGGGACAUGAAGGCAGGAUGUUUGCGACUCGCUGCACUUCAAGCUUUGAACACCGAAUUUACAACAGGCGGCAUCAUUUUUCGAAUGUGCCGCCGUGUCAUGGAGCGUUGCGUUGCGGAUCGGGAAGCUAUGGCAACGGCAAAUCCUUCUAAGGCACCACCACCCAUCAGUAUCCUUGGCUUACCUGUGUUCGAAGAGUUUGCUCGAUUGCAAGCAGUUCAACAUACGCUGGAACGGCUGGGAUUUCUCCCGUUGCAAGAAUUCGAGCGGCAGCAUCCAGAGAUAAAUCCAGAGGUAAUUGAGCGCUCAUUACUUGACAGGAACGGCCUAUUUGGUGGGCCACCACAAUAUCCACGAGCAUUCUUCGUCGGCAACGUUAAACACCUGCUGGCAGGUCCGUGGGGGAAGGAGAGUAAGUCUGGCAGAGGAAAGAAAAUUGAGGACGAAUCUGUUGAGCAGUUAGUACAAGCGUUAUCGCCAUCAUAG